UACAUGACUACCCUAGUGUUUAACGUAUUCACACAACACGGAAGUUUUAAUAAUACAAUAUAGUUAUUACCUGUGAUCACGUUACCAGAUUUUCCUUAAGGAAGUUAUAAGUGAUUUAAAGUAACACAAAAUGAAUCCAUUGAGAUGUGUAAUUGUGACAACUUUGUAUUGUUUGGGAAUAAUUUGCCAAGGUCAGGAAGUUUUUAUCUCGAAAGAUAAAACAAAAUGGAACAAGUUUAAAUGCACCUUGGCAGAACCAAGGGUAGUCUGCAGGGAUGAUGGCUCAUGCAGUGUUGAAAAUGGUUUGGAAUUUCUUACAGCAGAAGAUCAAGACAAUGGAUUUUGGAUUGGAUAUGCCAAAAAAUGGAUUAGUUUUGCUUAUGUUGGAUGUGGCACAUUGGAUGCUGGAAACAACUAUUCUGUUUCUACUCUGGGCGAAUGUAGACGUAUAACAGGAUGCAAAACGUUCGGUAUUCAAAAUUCAACAGCGGGUUUGCGAUGUAAAUGUGCCAGUAAUAACGCCCCGCGGACAAAAACAUGCGGAGAAAAAUGUGAAGAAGCUGAUCAAUAUCCGUGUGGUGGCACAGCCGACACUGACACAUUCUCAUUGUACACUGUUGAAAAUGUUCCUCCUAGCGACCAUUCAAAUAACAAAACAAGAAACUGCUUACUGUUCUACUAUCAGUACAAAACGAACGAUGAUUAUUAUUGGGAGUCGUGCAAUUUAAACUUCACCCCAGCGCUAUUAUGCAGCAACAAAAAAAAUUCAGAAUCUAACCCGAUGGCGGAAAAAUUCAAUUCAAGUAAUGAACGUUGGGCCAAGGCUGUUGAAAACUGCAUCGAUGGAGGAAAAUUCCCUGCAUCGAUACAAAGUAUCAAUAAUGUGAAAUUUACAGACGAGGACAAGCAGAACCAUUGGACAGGAAUAAUUAAAAAGGAAUCUAUCAUAUCUUUGAGCGAUAUGCUUGAUGAUAACACCUAUCCACCUUUGACGUAUGCAUAUGUGGAAAAGAUCAACCGGACUGUUUACGUGAUAUUUGAAGGAGACUGGAAAACAAAGAGAAAAAGCUUGUGUGCAGGAGGAUCAACGGCAGGCCUCGCUGCUGGUUUGUCCGUAUCUGUGGUAGUGAUUAUCAUUGUGGCGGUUAUUGUGAUGGUGUUUUUGAAAAGAAGGGGACUUCUAACAAAGUGCUUCAAACAAAAUGAUGAAAAAAGCAUUCAUACCGAAGACACAGCAACCGAAAUAGCAUGCAUAUCAACACCGAUAUUUGAAUCUACUACAAACAUAGUGGAUGACUUAACAGCCACAAAUCAUUCUUAUUUUGUGCUUGAAAAAACGUUUGAUGAAGAAACCAAAGAGGAGACCGAACACUAUGCAGAGCCAGAUAUGACCGAUGUUGACCAUCAUGAUUUGACCGAUGAGUCACAAAAAGAUACUGAAAACGAUUACGACACAACUAAUGACAAAAAGAGCUCUGUCAAGGCUGGAUUGGCUAAGCCAAAUAAUAGUUAUAACAAAGUCACUUUACAUCAAACUAGUGAGUACGAUCAUAUUAAUAGAAGACCGCCAAAGUCGGACAGACAAACUGAAAAUGAAUACGAUAUUUCGAAUAACCUGAUCGACGGCAAACCAAACAAUAAUUUAAAUGAGAACAGUGAUACAUAUAACCAUUUGAACAAACAUGACUUAAAGAACUUUGGCACAGAUAACGUUUAUGGAAAGUCAGAAACAGAUGGCGAUAGUGGAUAUGCUACUUCAAGUGCUCUUACACUUCGCAGAAACAUGGAUAAAAAUGAUCAGCAAGCUGAUUAUGAUGUGAUAAAAAAGAAACGGUAGAAUUAUGUGCCAGUUAAAGGACAUUUACUUACAUGAUUUGAUCAUUUAAAGUUAUCAAAUUCCAUGAAAUUUGAAAGAUGCAGAGAGAGUUUGUCAACAAGACCAUGACACAUGUUGCCGAUUAACCCUAUUCUUGUAAAUUUGCCCUAUCUGUCACUUUUGUUUGCAAAAACACUCAACAAAUCAUACUCAUCCAUCAGUUAAGAAGCAUGAUCGUUAUGCAUAUUCAAUAUCAAGGAGAAAGUAUUUUUAUCACCUCAAUGGCAUCUUCGGGCUAUAAGUUUCUUGAAUGAGUUUCGUUUAUUUUUGCGCACUUCUUGCCAGCGUUAUGUAAAUCUACGAUAUUACUGUUGGAAUUACAUAUGGAAACGCAUUAAUGCACUACGGAAAUUUAAGCAACGUAAAACAUAUAUAUUGUCUCUUGUACAAAAUGCAUUAUUGUAUGACUACAUCCUAUCUUUCUUGUUAAAUGACUUCAUCAGUUUCAGUAUAUUUGUCCAAUAGUCUCAUAAAAACCUCUUCGCGGUUACGGAGCUUGAAUUGCAAAUCGCAACACGUCUCGCAAUCGUUUUUUUACCAUCAACAACCUCUUUUUGGAUUGCGCUUCCGUCAUCCAUGAGAAUAACUACAUCGCUGCAAUCAUUACUCUUUUUGUUUAAUAAUAAUGCUCAGUAUCACCAAGGGUCUAGCGUCAACAACUUUCACCAUGCUCGCCAUCGAAUGCAUUGCAGCAAUCUUAAUGAGCAUGUCCACCUAAGAAUAUCGUCCCCUGUGUACAAUUGGAGCAAAAUAAGACACUUCCCACUUUUUUACAUGUCCAUUAUAUACUAACCGAAGAAAGGUCUUGUUUGAAAAUCUCAGUACCCUUAACACUAUUACCGUACAGCUUAUAUUGUUUGAAGACAAAUCUUACACCUCAAGUAUCAACAAACAUAUCCACCAAUUACAAACAUUUAUCGCAAACGUUAUUCAAACAUAUUUCAACAUCGAACCUACUCACCGUCUCUGACUUGCCUAAGUUACUUCUCUUUCCCUUCAGUCUCUCCUUCCGUUCUAUUCCUUCACUCUUGUUCUAUCUUCAGCACUAUACAAUGUCAAACUUUUCUUUUUUAUGCAUAUAGAAAUACAUGUAUUUAAAAUUAUUUUUGCGUUUCAAUUACGACAUAUUCUGUAACAAUUAUUUAUGCCUGUUUAUUCCUCUUCAGUGUACUAUUGUGAAUAAUGAACUUAAAAAGGACAACAUAUAUUAUUCUGGUAUUUCACACCACGUGUCAAUUGUUCUAAUGAUAUACAGUAUAGAGACUUAUAAUGAGCAUUUAUGCUUACUUUUCAAUACUGUAAAUGUAUAGUUAAAUUGCUAGUAGAACUAAUUCUUGAUAUCUUAUACUUAAAUAUAUUGACUAUCAUAAUUACUUACAAAUAUUGACUACCAUAAUUACUUACAAAUAUUGACUACCAUACUUUGUGAGUAUAUGACUACUUGCUAUUAUGUGUGUUUUUAAACUUAUUACAUUAUCAAA